UUGUCAGGAUCACGUGCGUGCGAGUGAUAAUAACGGCUAGAUUUCGGAGCUUUCAUUUGCGACUCAAACCACCAUGGCGGCAACAGCACGAUCACUCAGUACCUGCAUAUUCUGCAAGAUCAUCAAGGGCCAGAUCCCGAGCUUCAAGCUCAUCGAGACAGACCUUUCUUUCUCAUUCCUUGACAUCGGCCCACUCUCCAAGGGUCAUGCUCUGAUUAUCCCUAAAGACCAUGCGGCAAAGCUCCAUGAGCUCCCAGACGAAUACCUCGCGGAUGUAAUGCCCAUCGCGAAGAAGAUCGCCACUGCACAAGGGCUCGAGAACUACAAUAUCCUCCAGAACAACGGCCGCAUCGCACACCAGGUUGUUGACCACGUACACUUCCACGUCAUUCCCAAGCCUGAUGCGUCGGACGAGGAGGGGCUCGUCAUUGGGUGGCCCGCGAAGUCGGACGUCAUAGAUGAGGUGAAGAAGUACCACGAAGAGCUCAUUGCGAAGUUGUAGAGCACGUCUGUGGUGCACCCGAAUUGGUGACGAAUAACGACGAAACUGGAAGGAAAGUUGUUUAACUAAAUGCACAAUUCAAUUAUGUUUUUUUGAGUCUCCAUCUGAUCUCACAACAGUUCUCGACGUGGGGUCAUUUGUGGGUGUAUCACUAUCUAAACGCCUUCCCCGUUAUACUCGGAUGGAUCUUAUCAUGCACCAGACGGUGCUGUUAAUACGAAAAGCUGCCACGAAUCAAAUAAAUUCACUUUACGCUCGCUGCUGCUUCGCGAAUGCAUGAACUGCCAACCGUUCGAAAUGGUCUUCAUACGAUCCCUCCAACUUGACAACCACAUCCACAUCGGAACGAGCAAUCCUAGCCAUACACACUAUUGCAGUCGUCACAUUACAUCGCGGUGAUUACCAACAGCGCUUUAAAACGAACAUAUCAAGUGC